AUGGCUGAGAUAAUGAAGCUUGAUAUUGUUGCCAAAAGUGGCUCGAUUAUAGAAGUCGAGACUGCGCGACGAAUCUGGUCGUCGCUCUACAUGGCGGACUACUGUUGUUCAGUGGGUCAUGGCAUACCUCGCUGUCUGGAGCGCCUUGACAGCAUAUCUUGGCAUCUCCCCAUGGACGAGAUCACAUUUCGCUUGCUUCGACCUGACCGAAUGGCACUAUCUGCUGCCUGGAAACCUGGGCUAUGGGCCCACAUGGUCACCCUCGUCCGUCUUGCAGGCCCGGUACAUGACCUCAACCGGCGAACUGCCACGGGCGAUACAGAUAACGCUCGACUAGACAAGACCGUAGAACAACUCGGGCAACAGCUAGAGUCCUGGCUUGAGUCCCUUCCAAGUGAUGUACAGAUGACCGUGCAAAACCUCAAUGCUCAGCAACAGACUGGCCUAGGAGGGCUUUUCAUCUCUCUACAUCUUGGAUACCACCAUUAUUCCACGUUACUAUACUUUCGGUUUCUUGAGAGCCAGCAAGCCUCUAUUGAAGUAUACCGGACGUAUAUUAAAAAGUGCAAAUACCAUGCUGCUUCGUUCAGUAGUCUUCUGCAUCUCUCGCGUCAGAUGAAAAACUGCGGGAUCAAUUACCCUACGAUUGGCCACAUGACUGCUGUAGCCUCCUCUGUAUUGGUGCAUACUCUGCUAUUUGGAAAUAUGGAAGAAACAGAGAAGGCUCGCCGAGAGCUCAACAACAAUUUUGAGGCCCUCAUUGAACUACGACAACAUUGGCCUGCAGCAUACGCCAUGAUUCACAGGCUAAUGACGUUUCAAAAUAUAUGUCUGUUGUCCACCCAGUCCUACAAGCUGGACGGAUGGAUGGUUAGAUACUUGCUAGAACAUUCCCUUCCACUUGAGAAGAGAGACCUACCAAUCGUGCUCCCAGAGCUCGACUUAGACAUGUGUAAAUUACCGUCAAACGCGGACAGGUUCAUAGACCUGGGCAGAUACACAGACUUCGAGGUAAUGUCACCAGUGAAAUGGAAUCACUAUGAGCACUAA